UUAUUACGCUCGAUCUUUUUUUAUUAUUUAUUAUUUGAUAGUUAAAAUAAAAUGUUGCUCCAUAGCUGAAAUGAUCUGAUUGUAGCACGAUGGACAAGCUUGAAACUAGUAAUGGGAAUAUUCUUGAAGAUUUAGAAGAGCUUGAUCCAACAGAGUUUGACAUUCCUGAUGUUGAAGAACCUUCCUUAGAAAGUAUUUUGAAAGAGGCUGAAAGUGAGACUGAAGAUAAUGUGUCGUUGUUGGAUAAUAUCACCAAUGGUUUUUCGCCCGCAUCUACAGGAACUCCAGAGAAAAACAUAUCAAAUGGUUAUCUUAAGAAAAGUGAGAUGGCAUCCCUGAGUGUUCUGAAAUCAUUAGAAACAACAUCAAUCAAAAGUGGAGACAGUCAAGCUUCAAGUGUAAAGAAAAAAGAUGCUCCACAAUUCCAUGGACCUGUUCUUGCAUUUUACCGAAUGCAAGCUCUGUCAAAUCAUAUCAUGUCAUCUGCUGAUAGAAUCAAUGCUGGAAAGCCAACAUCAUUGGCAGUUUCUCAGUUGAUAGCCAUUGGAACUGCUCAUGGAAUUGCUUUAGUAUUUGAUAAUGAUCAGAAGUUAGUUCAUGUUUUGGGUAGCGUCAGUGUUGGUAGCAAGUAUGGUUCUGUGACUGCAUUGGCAUUCAAUAUGGAUAGUGAUAGACUACUAGUCGGAUAUGCAAGAGGACAGAUUCUCAUGUACGAUGUAAAAUCAGGGAAAUUACUCCGAACAAUAACAGAUGCUCAUCCCCCAGGAUCUUCUGUUUUACACGUUAAGUUUACUGACGAUCCUACAUUAGCAGUUUGUAAUGACAGUGGUGGAUCAGUGUUUGAAUUGAAUUUCAGGAGGGUUAUGGGUGUGAGGUCUUGUGAGUCAAGGUGUUUGUUUUCUGGCAGUCGAGGUGAAGUAUGCACCAUCGAACCUCUCCAUAUUCUAAAAACAAUUGCUGAUCAUCCAUUGAGAGACAGACAUUUGUUGGCAAUGGGAACUUUGACAAAGGUUCUUGUUGUGUCAUUGAGGCCCCAAAUCAAAGUUCUUUUCAGCCAUCAACUGAAUAGAAAUAUGACAAACAUACCUCUUAUCAGUUGGCGAUUGUCUGUUUUCGUUGAAUCUAACACAAGGUCUAUUGAUCCGGUGUUAUUAUUUGCAAGGGGAGAUGUCAUUUACUUUUUCCAGGUGAAAAAUGAAAAUUGGGACAAUAUACUAUUUUCUCACAUCAGGACUAUGAACACAACUUAUACUCUCAUUAACGUUGCAUGGUUGAAUACGAAGACCAUUUUGUGUCUCGACUCAACAGAGAGAUUGCAUGUUGUGGAUGAAGCAACACAAGCUGAACUUGAAACAAUUUUAUUGGAAAACGUCAACUUGGUAUACAGCAGUGCUACCUUCAAAUCGAUCGCUACAGGAGGAAAUGUCAGCAAGGCACUGGCUGCUAUUGGUGAACAGACAUGUUAUCAUUCAAUGAUUUCUUAUAACGGUACAGUAUUACUGCUGGGUGACUUGUGCGUGUAUGCAACCAAAGUUCGACAAUGGAACGAUAGAAUUCGUACAUCACUCGGUUGGCCAAAUGGACAUCAGAGAGCUUUGGAACUUGCAUUGACGUUUUAUAAUGGAACUGCCAAAUCUGUUCUAGGUCUACCUGUAGAUCAAGAAAAAAGAAGACAACUUGUCUCCGAAAUGAUUCUUGAUAUCUUAAUUGAAUAUGUGGAUCUUUCAAUGACAAAACUAUGUCCUGAUAAUGGAAAGUUAGAGGUAUUGAUUGCCUUUUUCAAGGAUGUUGUUCCAGUUUGUGUUGAUCAUUGUCUUCAUAUUAACAGAAUUGAUGUUUUGUGUGACAGAAUAUAUGAAAGGUUCAAGGCAGACUGCAUUGCUCACACUGUGUUUCUUGAAUGUCUCGAACCAUAUAUUCUUGAUGAUCGACUAAAAACUAUCAGUCCGAUAGUAAUGCAAGAUUUCGUGAAACAUUACGAAGCAAAAAAUAUGUUAUCAAAUGUUGAAGCUUGUCUUUUACAUCUGGAUGUAGCAAGUUUAGAUCUACAUCAGGUUCUAAGUCUUUGUUGGUCCCAUGGACUUUAUGAUGCAAUACUAAGUAUAAACAACAGAGUUAUGUCUGACUAUGUUGGUCCUCUUGUCGAAAUGAUAAGUAUGUUAACAAGUGCAAUGGCAAUUGGAAAGCAAUUGAGCGAUAACAUGACAAAACUAGGGAGCAAACUAUUGGUUUAUGUAAGUAGUUGUUUUGCUGGUGUGCAAUAUCCAAGUGGAAUGCUGGAUCCAGAAUCAUCAAUGGCUGUCAAAAAGCAGAUAUAUGGAUGCCUGACAACACCAAAACUAAACGUUUUCACAGAAGAAUAUCCAGUUCUUGCUAUCUUGUUGAAAUUUUCUACUCAAGAAAUGCUGAAUGUUCUUUCUUUGUCCUUUUCUGAGCCUGAGUUUCAAGGUCAAAAAGGAUGUGGCAGAGUUCAACAACUUGUUGAUAUAUUGCUGAGAAUAAUGGUGGAAACACCUGGGUUUACUCCUGAUCAAAUUGGAACUCUUUUCGUUUUUCUUGCGAGACAAGUUGCAAGACGUCAGGAUGAUCAGCAAUUGAGAGUAAACAGAAUGUUGAUACAACAAAUUGUUGAAUAUUUAACAUCUCCUUUGUCAUCACAAGAAGAAAGUUCCAAACAUGAAGAAAGACAGCAAGCUCUUGUCGAGUUGUUACAGAGUGAAGUUAUUGGAAAUGAAGAAGACAGUGUUCACUUAAUGAAAUUAGUAGAAAGAGCUGGUUUCUAUCAUGCACUAAGAUUAUUGUAUGAUAGGAAUCGAAGGUUCGACCUAAUUUUUGAAACUUACCUCAAAGACCCUGCAAAAAAGGAACAUGCAUUUCGAUACAUCCGAGAUACAUUACAAGAUAAAACUGUCGAUGAAGGAGAAAAAGAUUUAUUAGUGGAAAAAGUUUCACAAAAUAUAAAGGAAUUGAUCAAAAUCGACAGUGAUCAAACUGCAAAUCUUGUAACAACAGUACUUCAUGGAUCACUACAAACUGUCGCGGCUAAAUUGAAGGAUCAACCUCAGAUGCUUUAUUUCUUCUUGAAAGGACUUUUUAAUCCUUCAACAUCACAUUUUCAUGAUGCCGAUAAUGCAAGUUUAAACGGUGAUUUAUCUAUAGAGCCAGAAGGUCCAAAUCCUUAUACAUCUGACCCUGAAAUGGUUCAAGUUUAUCUUUCUCUCAUGUGCCAAUUCGAUAGAAACAAAGUUCUGCAAUUUUUGAAAUCUUUGGAAUCGAACCGACCUUCUAAUUCUAUAGAGAUUGUUCGAAGAUAUCAUGUUGAUGAAGCGACUGCAUAUUUACUUGAAGAAAAUGAUGAUUGUUCUGCAGCGUUCAUGAUUCUUCACAAAGUUGCAAAAGAUAAAUUACAAAAAUUUGUCGAAAGAUGUGAAAACGAUAUUGAAAACUCCGUCAGCCUUGAUACAGAAAAACUGAUGGCUGAAUCAAAAUCAAUAUUUGAAAGUGUUAUUGGAUUAUGUCAAAGAAGUUCAUCUAAACUUUCAGAAGAACAAAUGGAGAAACUCUGGUUCCCGUUACUGGAUACCGUAGUAAGUCCUCGUCGUGAAAUUACUUCUGAUACAACAAUCACUCUUGGGAAUUCAAAUUCAGAAUUGGAAAAGAUUUUGAAAGAGUUAGCUCAGCAUGUACUCACCAGUAUGAUGAGCCAUAUGUCAUUGCCAGCUCUUUUGCAAAAGAUUAUACAGGACCCUGCCUAUGACACUGGAAAUUUUGGUGAAAUCAAAGAAAUUCUUCUUGGAAUGUUGGAAACUUAUCAAUACGAAAAAACUUUACUUGAUACAACUUUGAAUUUGUUAUCUCGUGAUCGACAUGAAUCUCUCUCUUCAUUGAAGAAAUUUGUUGUUCAUGGAAUUGCUCCAAGAUCUCAAUAUUGUGCUGCAUGUCGGGAAAGUAUACUUGGAUUUGGUACAGGAGAUAAAGGAGACAGCAAUAUUGUCAUUUUUGGGUCUGGUACAGUUUACCAUGAAUCCUGUCUUAAAUUCGAUCCUGCAAUAUCGCCAGUUGUUCAAAAUCAGCCACCCAGUCCAUAUGAAUCUCCUGGAAGAAGCAGACGCUCAUCAAACCAAACAUCUUUGAUGAAUGCAAUGAAACCCCAGGAAAAACGAGUCGUCAAAGAACGCCGCAAUUACGUCGAUCGCAAAAGACAAAUUAAUAACGUUUCUAAGAUUUUCUUGAGUGCUAAAGGUGGAAAAGAAAGCAGUCAAACUCAAGGGCAAAGAAUAUUCCGAAGGGAAGGCUCAUUGUUUGCUGUUCCUGUGCCACAGAAUUCAAGGAAUGACAGUAGUAAGGUGGAUGAUGCAAAGACAUAUUCUUCAAAAAUACGAACACUUUCUUUAAAAUCUGGGGAACUUCAACCACAAGAUUUUAAAUUAUCUGUAGCAGCUCCUGCAAGAUUUUUCUGACCAACUCUUUUUGCAUUAGACUGUUGACAAUAUAACAGGAAUUAUCAAGCCUGUUAUCAAAUGUAUUAAAAAGUAAAAUUAUUAUUUAUUAUAUAUAUUUAUAUAUCUUAUUAUUACUACUUUGCUCAACAUUAUAAGCAAGCCAUUCCUAUAUCUUACAUACAUACCUACACUGCAAAGUUUUUAUUUAUCUCCCACUUGCUUUUUGAUUGCGUCAUAAAUAUUUUUAAUAAUGCUUAGAUCAUAUGUAACGUCCCAAAUAAAAAGAAUAUCUUCAUAAUUUGGUCUGAUUGUUCUGAUGACAACGAGUUAAAUUUGCUUAGAAUUGGUAAUGAUUCUCAAUUUUUGUCAAUGAGAAAUAGACGCUUCAAAGUAUGCCAGUAGUUCGUUUAUACCUAUGCAAACCUCUAAUGUGUGUUGAGAGUUGUUUGAUUUUAUAUUGUGAUGCCAUACAGUUAUAACAACCCACCAUGUUGAAAAAUAUUUAAGUAUAUAUAUAUAUGUAUUUGAAUUGUUCUAAUUGUAAUUGCCUGUUUGAAAAGGUAUGUUCUGUCUUGGUUUUUGUAAAAAAAAUUUGCUUCCGAAUACGAUUUCAUAUCCACAACAUUUCUAAGAAGCUAUUCAUAUCGAUCGGUUCCUGCAAUAGAAUGAAAUGUACUGUUAUCUCAGUCAAAAAUUGUAUUUUUUUUUGAAGAACAAUGAUACAACAAAUACAAACAAUGUGGAAUGAGAAAAAUUGACUCUGCCUUUUGCUGGCGUAACUGCCGUCCCUAAUUAGGCUGGGAUCAAAUCGCCUGGCACCUAAACGGGUCUGACAAAAUGUACUCUACCCUUCUCAAGUGUGAUUAAAAGUAGAAAUCGCAAUAAGCUUAAAAAUGGGCGCUGCAGCAGUGUGUGUACCAAUAUGGAGGUAACUAUUUUUGUUCGCCUACGUUACAUCAAGUUGUGUAAAGGGACUGAAGCCUAUGGGCAGGGGGUAUAUUCACUUGGCUAACACAGACCGCCCCCGAACUCGUAAUGGAACUAAAAUAAGGGAAAUUAUGGCCUAACCCUAACCUGGUACACACACUAGGGGAGUACCUAAAAAUGCCCAUGUCCCUGGGAAAUUGUUUGAAAUUCUAUCGUGAUCACUUAUUUGUUUGUUUUGUUAAUUAUAGAUUUACCUGUUGAUUUUUUAUAUCUUCAUUGCUUUUUUGUUAGACUAUCAAUA